AUGACUAUUUCACAAUGGACUACCGUGACCUUCGCGGCCGUGAUACUGCUAGCUACAGCCGCACCGUUACAUUCAGCAGAUUCGGUCGGAGGCGGCGACUACGAUAGAUGCUCCUGGUUCUACCUGGCCAACAUCGACAUGAAGGAGGCCAGAUGCGAGCCUGCAAGUGGUGGAGUCGUUCCUCGGGGCGCAUACGUUGCUGGACCUAUCUUCGGUGAUUUCGAACGAGCGGAAGAGGACAUCUUCAUCAAAUCCUAUGACUCGAAGCAGACGAACACAGACUACGAGCGUAGCAGCAGCGAAACCAACACUCAGUUGAAGAAUCGACACCAUCCACAUCGCGACGACCGCAAAUUCCUGAUGUUGAUAGACAACAACGGGUGCGAAAUCUUCAAAGCAUGUGGUCCCACCUGUGUUGAUGUCGAAUGGGCCGACGUGCCAGCGAGAAAGAGAAUUGAAGGCUUUGGACGGAAGAGCAAAGACAGAAAGCCACUGUCAAAUGACUUCAUUCCGAAAGACCUUCUCAACGGCCAAGAUUUGAUCAAGAGGAGAGAGCCUCAUCGUGGUCGGCAGCUCGAAGUCACAUCUCCCAACAUCACUACACCUCAUACUCCGUGGACGAAAGACACAGUUUCUUACAUGGCUGUGAUGGAUACGCCGCACGACUUCGACUUUCAGAAGUGCGUCAGUCAUGUGCAGCAAAAAGGAAACAGCUGGACAGAGGAGGAACACUGUCACCGCAUUGAUUGGAGUCAGAUUCCAGUAGGCCAACUCAUUGCUGGAUUCGGCCAAAAGAAGAACAGCUCACGGCCGGCAGACAUGGUCGCUGAUACACGUUCAAUAAGGCAGGCAAGAGGUACCCCCGUCGACUGCACCCACGAAAGACUUGAGCGUCACGAUGCUUCGGCCAGCCAUUCGGGAAGCAGGACGUCAAUUUACAAAGCGGUCCAGUUCAACAUCGAUCGACGAGCAUCCAAGAACAUCUCCACCGCCAACAGCCGAGUCAAGCGAAUGGAAUACGACUUCAGCGCCAGUCGCAUCGUCACAUUCCUCUUCGAAGAAGAACUCGUGGGCGAUCCGAGGACAUACACAGCCUACAAAGAUCCAGACUUCGGGGGCGUCGUCUUCACGACCUGUACCUACGGCCAACCCUGGAACAGACUCGGAGACCCGGACUACACUGGAGAUGAAGCCACUAUGUCGUGCACCCAGAUGCCGGACAAGUACUCGAUAUACCUUGUGCUUGGCUAUCUCAUCUCGUUCGCCCAGGGCUCGAUGCUGGAGCAAGCUGCGCUGUCGGUGUUGAUUUUGAGGACUGGGGGUAUCGCCAUGUUUAUUGCGUUGCUUGUCUUAUUUGGCAUACUCUUUAUUGUAUGGGCGGUGUGGUAUGUUCUUCAUAUGCUUGGGAUUCUCAAGAUUCGGUCUUUGUUGGGGAUUCGGCAUGGCGACGGUGAGCGCACCAUGAUGGAAUAUUUGCAAACAUACCGGUUCGUAGUGAUGAGAAUGAAGCGUGCAACCAAAUGCUUACUACAAACUUGCACAAUUCCACUCAAUCCUUACAAGAUUACAUGUGAUGCAAACAUUGAAGUCAAAAUGAUCGAAUUUCGCGACCUCGACACUCAGUUCGAGUCCCGCCCUCCACCGCACCAAAAAAGAAUUACAAAAAACCGCACAUCCACCCUCAUCGAUAGCCAAAGCGCCAAAAAGGUUCAAUAG